AUGGGCCGUGUCGCAGAGAUAACGCCUGAGUUUGGCGCCAUGGCGGAGCUCGUCCUCAGUCCCCCGACCGCCCUCGCGUGCAGGGAGCGGCACGUGGAUGCCCACCGCGACCGCGCCAAUGCUGCCUCCACGCCUUUCAGGAAGAAGCCCUCGGUCCAGCGUGGAAGUUCCAGCGCCAGCCGCGCCCGAGACAGGUCCUCGAAGGUCCACAAAUCCUCCGGCUUACCUGUGGCAUCCGGCUCCCAAGCCGAACAGGAGAAGAAGACGAAGAAGGAUAUGUCCGCGAAGGAAAAGAAGGGCGCCUCCAAGAAGAGACGUGCCACGACCAGUUCUUCUUCCUCCUCUUCCUCUUCCUCUUCCCCUCCCUCCAAAAAGAAGCGGAAGCAGAAGGCCAAUAUCAACAAAAAAGAGGAGUCCCCACCGCCAUCUUCUUCCAGCGCAACCAAAAGCAAGAAGAGGGAGAAGAAGCAGAAGAAGUACAAGAAGGACGAGCUGCCCGAGCCUGGUAAGAAGCGCGAGUCCCCACCGCCUGCAUCCCGCUCGAAGGAGCCCGGUCGUCGCACUGUGGACACCGUCGCGGUCCUCAAGAUCCACCGCAUUAACGCCAUCUCCGCCGACGGCAAGGGCGUGGUGAAGGAGGACGCGCCCGUCGAUGAGGUCGCCCUCGUCGAGGAGGAGGAGACCGUCGCCGCAGCCGUCGCACGGCUCAUGGAGGCCCAGGGCAGCCAAUCAGAUGCGCCCAAUUGGGAGAUCCGUGCCAUGAACGACGACUUCGUCCUCCGUGAGAUGCAGCCCGAUGUGACCUUUGCCCGCGACUGCACCAGGGUGGCUUUGGUGCGCAAGGGUGGCUGA